GAAACCAUUAAGAAGUAACAAAAGACCAUAAAAAAGCGUUAAAAAUGUGCAAAUAUGUAAUGUGCGUGGUGAGACAACAACAACAUCGCAAGAAACUACAGCCCCAACACCAUAAUUAACAAUUGCACGAGUGAGCGAGAAGGAAGAAAAGUGGCAAAAAGACAUCAACAGACUUUUUCCAACAACAACAACAACAACGAUAACAGUAAUAUUUACAAAAGCUGAUCUGAAAUGGCGGUUUCAAUUACCGUUAUUCUUGUGACUUUUUUCACAAUUGCCGUGCAGCUUCAACAACAACACAACUGUGCGGCAGCCGCCGUCGAUGUUUACUUUCCCAGCACGUCAGUGAAAUUCAAUCUACCCAUCAACGAGGAAUCGGAAAGCAUCUUCUCCAAGAUCCCGCUGGCCCAGUUCCAAGUGCGGCGAAUGGCCAGCAAUCGCCUGGCCAGUGACUACAUCUACAGUCUGGAGGAUAAUGGUCUGCUUCGGAUCAAUAGCUCGUCCGGGGAGAUAUAUAUGCGAACUGAUUACAAGCCUCUGAAUGUGAGCACUCAAUAUGUGGUGACCGCUUUUCCUCGAGAUCAGCCGGAUCACGAGCUGCUACCCAUAUCACACCUCACGCUGGAGGUAGUGCCGCAAUCCCUGGAGGAUUACUGCUCCGAGCUGGAGCACAUUUGCUUCUGGAGCCGAGCCAAUUAUAGUGUGGCCGAGUCGCAGGGUCAGUUUCGCCGGCGAGACUCCUUUGAACCCGUGCUUAUCGGUGCCCUAAACUCGCGGGCCGCCAAAUACCUGUGUCCACAAGUCUCCCUGGAUUACACCCUGACCGCUGGCAGCUCUCACUUUGCAUUAAAGCAGAAUCGUCUAUACACGAGAAUGCCCCUGGAUCAUGACGAGUUAAAUGGCUUGAAUGCAAGGGCAGGACAGCUGCAGGUGGGAAUCACCUGCACGGUGAAGCUAUCCGCGCGGGAACAGAGGAAAUUCACGCGCAGCUUCGAUAUCAAAUUACUCGAUCGGAAUGACAACGGACCCAAGUUGCAGGAGAGCGACUCCCGGUUCGAUUUCUACCUGGAUCAGCCCUACUUUCAAGAGAGCAUGGCGGCAGGUGAGAAAGUCAUCUAUGUGGACAAGGACACGCUGGCGGCGAAUGCCCACUUGGUCUAUGCGGUUCACAAUGAUUCAUAUGGUCUCUUUCAUCCGGUUUGCCACGCCUACGAGGCGGAUCACACGGGCAGGCCGCACACUAUUGUUAGCUGUCAACUCCACUUUGUUCGCAGCGGAAUGCUCCGUGAAACCCCCUACUGCGUAUCCCUGGAGGCCCGGGACCUCACCAUUGUGACCCACAAUGAGCCCAUGUCUGCCACGGCCUACAUUUGCUACCACAUAAACCUGGAGAAUCUCCACGCGACAGAUCGCGAAGAGUUACCCCAGGCGCUUCCCUUAAAGCAACAGCAACGCUUCGAUAAUGAUUUCGGCGGCGGAAGAUCCCGGGGUCCGGUAUCCGUGGAUUACGAGAAGGAUGUGUCUGUCUUUCGAACAGCCUCGUCCUACUACCGAGUUACCCAGCCGGAGAGCUUCCAGCAGCUUAUGCGAUCCCGCUCUAUUCGAUUCGAUAUCGUGGAAGAUCGAAGUGGAGCUUUUGGCAUUACCCAGACAUCGGGCAUUAUCUAUGUGAAGAAUCCCAAGGCUUUGGAAGAGGCCCCCGAGACGAUAUACUUUCUUAACGUUACCUGGAUAGACAAGGAGCGACUGUCCCAUGUCCGUGUGAUCAACGUACACCUCAUCCAUGGAAGACCGGAUAACACCAGCUGUGAUCUAAAGAUCAAAUCAGGAUCACAGACCUGCGCCCAAGUCAAGUACCAGUCGCAGUGCAUCCGCUUUUGCGGCCUAGCCACCAGCGGAGGAUCGUGUGAGUGGCGUGGCUCCCAUGCCGCCAUGUUUAGCACCAAGUUUGGAUCGUGUGUGCCCGAGGCCCUACACUGUCCUGAUCACGUUUGUGAUCCCUUGGAGGAACUAAACCCUAUGGCCUGUCCCCAGGACUGUACUUCGCAAGAUAACUUAAUGGGCGCCCAGAUAAGUAACGACAACAAGUUGGGCAUCUACAGCGGAUCGGGAACCUGCUUCUGCGAGGACAAUGGCAAGUGCUCCUGCGCUCCUUUGGAUGCGGAACCCAAAGCCAAGAAGCCGCGCAAGCGAAAGAACGAAACAGAUCCGGCGGAACCUGUGCUAGAGAGGAGAGGAGGUGGCUUGGGAGACGCACCGCAAUCCCUGCAGGAUCCCCUGCUUCUGGGUGUACUUAACGUAGCCGGCUUUGAGUGCGAUCGCUCCUGCAUGUUCUUCGUUAUUAGCUGUCCCAUGGUCUUCGUUCUGCUGCUUCUCGCCCUGCUUAUUGCCCAGAGGAAAAUGCUUAAGCGGCGGCUGGGCAAGGAAUCGAUGAUUCCUAAUGGCAAGCUCUCCCUGCCCGAGCCCUGUGACGGAGAUCUGCCCCUGAUGCCGCUCCAAGGUGGUUUCAAGUUCGAGAGCGGCGAUGCCAAGUGGGAGUUCCCCAGGGACAAGCUCCAGCUGGACACUGUCCUUGGAGAGGGAGAAUUCGGGCAGGUCCUAAAGGGCUAUGCCACCGAUAUUGCUGGUCUGAAUGGAGUCACCACGGUGGCCGUGAAGAUGCUCAAGAAGGGCGCCAACUCUGUGGAGUACAUGGCCUUGCUCUCAGAGUUUCAGCUCCUGCAGGAGGUCUCGCAUCCAAAUGUCAUCAAGCUGAUGGGUGCCUGCAAUCAGUCCUCGGAGGCACCACUUCUGAUCAUUGAGUAUGCGCGAUAUGGAUCCUUGAGGAGCUACCUCCGUCUCAGCCGGAAAAUUGAGUGUGCCGGCGUGGAUUUCGCCGAUGGCGUAGAGCCUGUCAACGUAAAGAUGGUGCUCACUUUUGCCUGGCAAAUCUGCAAGGGAAUGGCCUACCUUACAGAGCUGAAGUUGGUUCAUCGUGAUUUGGCCGCCAGGAAUGUUCUCUUGGCCGAUGGCAAGAUAUGCAAGAUCUCUGAUUUUGGCCUGACCAGAGAUGUAUACGAGGAUGAUGCCUACUUAAAGCGUUCAAGGGAUCGUGUGCCUGUAAAGUGGAUGGCACCUGAAUCCCUGGCUGAUCACGUCUACACCAGCAAAUCAGAUGUCUGGUCUUUUGGCGUACUCUGCUGGGAAGUGAUAACUUUGGGAGCCUCACCCUAUCCUGGCAUUCCGCCACAGAAUCUUUGGUCCCUGCUAAAAACAGGAUAUCGAAUGGAACGACCAGAGAACUGCUCGGAGGCGGUGUACUCCAUAGCACGGACCUGCUGGGCGGAUGAGCCCAAUGCCCGGCCUUCGUUCAAGUACCUGGCCGCCGAGUUUGAGAAGCUGCUAGGAAACAAUGCCAAGUACAUUGAUCUGGAGACGAAUGCCGUCUCAAAUCCUCUCUACUGUGGGGAUGAGUCUGCUUUGAUGAGUUCCUCGGACUUGGGAGAACCAGAGUGUUUGGAUCACCUUUGGUGUCCGCCCAAGAUAGCCUACGAUAUCCAUGACCAAGGUACUAGCUAUGACCAAUCGGAAUCGGAGAUGCCAGCGCCCUCAAUUGUUCCUCCAGGCUACGAUUUACCACGUCCCCUAAUCGAUGCCACUGCCAAGGAGCAGGUCCUGCGUUACGAAAACGAUAUGAGAUUCCCUUUGAACAUACGCAAGUCCAGUUGCUGCUCACCCAGCUACAGCAACAUGAGCAAUGGGGCCACCGCCUUGCCGCACUAUUCGGUGCCCGUUAAGCGGGGUCGUUCUUAUUUGGAUAUGACCAACCGGAGCCUUAUACCCGACAACCUGGACAGCAGGGACUUUGAGAAGCAUCUGUCCAAGACUAUAUCUUUUCGGUUUUCCAGCUUGCUGAACCUUAAAGAGACAGCGGAAACAGGAUUAACAGAACAGCUAGGAGCGGAGGCUGUCUAGGAAGUACUUUCCGAGGCCUGACCUUGUAUAGUUUCCACUUUAAUUGAAUUUCCUUUUCAUCUGCGCCUGCUUUUCAGUUCAAAAUGUUUGUUGAUUAGUUUUAGUUUAAUCAAUUUAGUCUCAUAGCUUUAUUCCGAUGCCAAAAAUAAGGGAUUCUAAACGAAUCGAAUGCGACUUCGAAUAUAACCCAAUAUUUAGAGAAAGAAUUAACCAAAGAAAGCAUAAUUUUACCAUAAAAAUAUAUAAAACCCUCGACUUGCCUAGGUUAGUUGUAGGAAAAAAUAAGUUUUGUACAAAACAUAACAUACAUUCUCCAUAUUUUAUACAUAUGUAUAUUCAAGCCUUUGCUAUAUAUGUAUACUUAAGCUUCCAAAAGAGCUUCAAGAUAGUGCCUGCUUGCUAAAAGGUUUUAUUAAAAAAUAUAUUUGAUAAAAUAUUAUAUGUAGAA